UUGAACCGCGUAUUUUAAUUCCGUUAGAACAUGGAAUUUGUUGAAGCUGUUUUGUACAAUGAUGAUGGAGUUUGUGUUGAAUAUGAAGAUGGUUCCUUUUUGCAACUAUCGCCAUGUUCAUCKGCGUUUCGAUAUCAGGAAAGUCGAUAUACUCAAAGGCCUUACUUUCAACAACUCACAAGAUUUGCCGUUGGCUCAUUAAAAAGUAAAGUCAUUUGUGCUGUGAACUUGAGAAAUCAGUAUGCCAGUCGACCAUACUUAUGCACAGAACUUCUCAGUCAAGAGCUGUUGUCUACUCAGUACAACGAAGUGUCAGAGUGURCCUGGCCAMAGUCACUAAUCUCUGACUGUAUCACCCAGAAUGAUUGUGGUAGUAUUAUUGUAAAAUCACUKGAUGGACUGGCAAGCCUGACGCUCAGUGCACAUAAACAAUCAUUCUGUAAAUCAAAACAAGGUGUCCAGUAUCGAUAUACUUGGGUGGAUCUUGCUGACCAAUCUACUAAAAACUGUUCACAAAUCUGGAAAUAUCCCUUGAAACUAGCACUGGAAAAGAGUCAAGACAAAAUUCACCUUAGCCAGAAACUUUUAACUCUAAGCAAUAUUUCAAAACUUCCCAAGACUUUACCAUUUACUUGUAAGUAUUCACAUCUACACAAGUGGACACUCAAAGAUCAGGUGUUCACUGGAACUAAGAAGGAARAAAUACUUUGGCAACCAGACAUGAAAGUUGUUUGGAAAAACAAUGAAAUGUACAGAGUGUAUCAAAACAAGAAAGACAUUCUAAAAGUUGAAAUUUAUCCCAGAGAUGGUUCAGUUUUCAUAUCUUCUGGUUUAACUGGGAAAUUCUUCAAUCAUGUUGACUACAAAGGGAGAGAGGAAAAGAUGUAUGCAGCUGAUAAGCCACCUCCUGAUCUACCAAGAAUGAAGUAUUCUGUAGCAAAGAUACUGARACAAGGCUCAAGGUUAUUUAAUUUCAUCUUAAGCAUUGGCCUUCUUGUUCAGAGUGAAGUGCCAUGUAUUUGCUGGAAAUCACAGGACAAGAAUGUAAACUUCACUCCAUAUGCAGAACCUGUGUUUGUUUCUGAGAAAGCUAUUGUGCCUGAUGUUGGCAAGUUUGUUGCAUACUCUAAUGGCCAUCUAUAUGUUGCUUUUGCUGACAGGACAUUGAUAAAUGUCAGAUAUACACCAAAGAAUGAUGACCUUUGGUUCAAUUGUACUUUACCAAGUGGACACGUUUUACAGGGGUAUGCAGACAAUAUGCCAGGAUUGGAAAGAUAUAUCAAGAUGGCUUGUGAGUGGGGAGACUGGGUAACCUCUUCAACUGAAAAACGAGAGACUUUUUACACUCAUUCUAUGUGGGAUCUUGAUCGAGAAAGGCUUGUAGAAGAAGAGAUCAAUAAAUUGAAAAGAUUUAACAAGAUCCUUGAUUGUGGAAAUUUAACAAUAGCACAUGAAAUAAAACCCCACACUGCACAUGUGGUGAAUCAAGAAAGCAACAAGCAGACAACGUAUCUUCACAACCUGCCAGAUAUAAACAUGGCUCUUCAAAACACAACCAAUGCUAUUAAGAACAUUGAGAACUUUAUUUCUACUUCUAAAACAAUUACUAAAUAAUAUUUGUACUUUAUAUAACAAUUGUAAGUUUAAUAUUAUAAUAUGUAUAUAAAUAUAUGAAGUACUUUCAAUAUGCAAAAGAGGCUUGAUGUAUUAUUACUUUUCCUCUAUUGUUUUUGAAUGCAAUGUAUAUAUUUUGUCUGCUGUGCACUCCUUUGACUUCUUUGACCAAUUGAUUUUUAAAUUAUUUUCCUCCUUUGUUUAUAUUGGUUUUUGUUCCUCAUUAGUUGGGCUACCUGCAGGGACCCGACUUUAAGUUUUAYCUUUCUGCCAUGCUAUCUAUUUAAUGUAUUAA